CGCAGACCUCGCUCGCAAGAACAACAGACAGAGCUCAGAGUAACAAUAGUCAAGAAAAGCUCCAGCUCGACCACACCUGCGCAUAUAGCCAUGGCCGCCGCCGGCAGCUACGCAGCCCUGUCCUCCUGCCUCCUGGCGCUCGCCCUGCUGGCCGCCACCGCGUCGGCGCAGGAGAAGGAGACGCACCUGCGCGUGUUCUGGCACGACGUGGUGACCGGGGGCCCGAACGUGUCCACGAUAGUCCAGGUGGCCGAGGCCCCCUCGUCCAACGCCUCCGCCACGGGCUUCGGCACCGUCAUCGUCAUCGACGACCCGCUCACCGAGGGCCCCAACCUGACGACCUCCAGGCUGGUCGGCCGCGCGCAGGGCAUGUACGUGAGCGCCGGCAGGGACUCGCUGUCGCUGAUGAUGGCCAUGAACUUUGUCUUCGUCGACGGCGCCUACAACGGCAGCAGCCUCGCCAUCCUGGGCGCCAACCCCGCCGAGCGGACCGUCCGGGAGAUGCCCGUGGUCGGCGGCACCGGCGUGUUCCGCUUCGCCAGAGGGUAUUGCCAGGCGCGCACGCAGUGGAUCGACAACAGGACCGGCGACGCCAUCGUCGAGUACAACCUCCACGUCCGCCACGACUGAGAUGCAUGCAUGGACGAUGGUCGACGCAGCUGCGUGCAGCCACACGAUUUUUACGAUCGAGUUAUGAUUAUAAGCGCGACGAACGGAAGUGAGAAAAUCAUAUGCAAAAUUUAUUAUUACUUCACUUGUAAUUGUAGUUGUGCCUUCAUUUUUUUUUUGUCGUCCAUCAUCACUAUUCUAACUCUUUUCUUGUAACACUUGAUCGUCCUCUUUUGCACCAAACUUUUGCCACU